AUGGUGCUUCCCGUCACCGGCAGCAACAUGGAGCUGCAGCAGGACGACAGCCUCUGCAUGCACAACAACAUGGGCAGCUGGCGGAUGAAGCACGAGGAGCCUCGAGGUCGGAGGAACUCUAUUCCCCCCGUGCAGACUCCCACAGCCAAGCACAUGCUGGCCUACCUACCUCGGCCACCGACAGACACCAGCAGAUACGGCACCUUCCCUCAGAAGCCUGAAAUCCCAGCCUUUUCUGUGGUUCUAGUGGAAGACAGCCGACAGCAAGCAGGCUCCGAACCUGCAAAGAGAAGUGCCCUCGUAUCAAACUACCUUCCCCUGCCCUGCAGCACCAACACCCCCAACAACCAGUUGCUCCUUCAGAGCCGGGUGAGCGUAACGGACCCCGAGGCCCUCCUGCCCACCAAGCACCGGCCCAGUGUCUUCAUCAACACUGAAGAACUGCCCACGUACCAUCGAGCAUCGUGCCACGACCCCCCUCCUCCACCGCGGGACAUCAACACCCGGUGGUACCCACAACACGCGCUCAGCGUGCCAAACAUCCCCAGCUCGGCACGGAGCAAAACACUGACCCGGAGCAUCGUCUCCAUCCCCACUGCAGAGAAGUUGCACAACCGGCGCUGCAAACUCAUCGAUGAUGACCGGCAGUUCAGUCUAGCAAGCAAGCAGCAACGCCAGCGUUACGUGACCAAAAUGGGCAAGUGUCAGGUGAACCUGGGCAACAUCCAGGAGAAAAAGAGGUUCUUGUCUGAUAUUUUCACCACCCUCGUGGACCUCAAGUACCGCUGGUUCCUCUUUGUUUUCAUGAUGUGCUAUAUUGCUACCUGGGUUGUCUUUGGUGUCAUUUAUUUCUUUGAUGCUUGGAUAAGGGGUGACGUCAGCCACAUCGGCGAUCCGGAGUGGAAAGCAUGUAUCGAGAACGUGGACAAUUUCAUAUCUGCCUUACUCUUCUCUGUGGAAAGUCAGAGGACCAUUGGCUAUGGCUCCAGGAUCGUGACAGCCAACUGCCCUGAGGGUGUCAUUUUGCUCAUGGUGCAGUCCAUCAUUGGGUCCAUGAUCGAUGCCCUUAUGGUGGGAUGCAUGUUUGUCAAGAUCUCCAGGCCCAAGAAACGUGCGCAGACCUUAAUCUUCAGCAAAAACUGUGUCAUCUCCCACCGGGACGAGAAACUCUGCCUGAUGUUCCGUAUUGGGGACCUCCGGGAUAGCCACAUGGUAGAUGCAAAAAUAAGAGCUAAAUUGAUCAAAUCCAGACAGACCAAAGAAGGGGAGUUCAUCCCCUUAGAGCAGUCAGAGCUGAACCUGGGCUAUGACACAGGAGAGGACAGACUGUUCCUGGUUGAGCCCCAAAUCAUCUGCCACGUGAUCAAUCAGCACAGCCCCUUCUGGGAAAUGUCGGCAGAGUCACUGAAAAGGGAGCAGUUUGAAAUCAUCAUAAUCCUUGAGGGCAUUGUGGAAGCCACAGGGAUGACGUGUCAAGCCCGCACCUCUUACACUGAAGACGAGAUCCUUUGGGGAUACCGUUUUGAACCCUGCAUGUCCCUGGAGAAAGGAGCCUUCCAGGUAGACUAUAGCAGAUUUGAAAUGACAUUUGAGGUGCAGACACCAGUGGUGAGUGCAAAAGAGAUGCAUGAAAUGAAAGAGUUGGAGUGCCAGGACCACUCCACGCUGAGCUUGUACUGGGACCAUCUGCUGCACCCCUGUGUUUCAGCGGAGCUGAACGAUAACCUGCAAGGCGCCGGGCCCGGUGAGGAAGCUCUAGGCCGACUGAGCAUCCGCAGCAUCAUGGAGGAGGAAAGGAGCACCCAAUUCCAGAACCAGGGUGCUGCUGUCUGA